AUGACCCCCACAGCACAAUUCCUCUGUCUCCUCCAGUUCAUUCCUGUAUCCUUCUCUCACCUCCCUUUACAUCAUUUACCCAGCUCACAAUUAAUACAGAGAGAGAAAGAGAAAGAGAGGAGAGGGAAGGCGAUUGUGAAUUUUUUAAGGAAACCCUAAAAAAUCAAGUAAUUUUUACAUCCGGGGGGUUGUAAGUCGAUUUCAAUGUCGGAUACAUACUGCUCGGACUGCAAGAGGAAUACAGAGGUGGUAUCCGAUCACUCCGCAGGGGAUACUGUGUGUUCGGAGUGUGGUCUUGUUUUGGAGUCUCGUUCCAUCGAUGAGAGAUCUGAGUGGAGGAUCUUCGCCGAUGAUUCGGGCGAUCAUGACCCAAACCGUGUUGGAGGACCUGUAAACCCGCUCCUUGCUGAUGCCGCACUAUCGACCGUGAUAUCGCGAGGACCUAAUGGGUCUAAUGGGGAUGGAUCCCUCUCUCGGUUGCAGAAUCGUGGUGGUGAUCCUGAGCGGGCCAUUGUCAUGGCCUUUAAGGCCAUUUCGAAUAUGGCUGAUAGGUUGAGUCUUGUUGCAACUAUUAAGGACCGGGCGAGUGAAAUAUAUAAGAGGUUGGAGGAUCAGAAGUGUACAAGAGGGAGAAAUUUGGAUGCCAUAGUGGCUGCCUGCAUUUACAUUGCUUGCCGGCAAGAAGGCAAACCCCGCACUGUAAAAGAAAUUUGCUCUAUUGCAAAUGGAGCAACAAAGAAAGAAAUUGGCAGAGCGAAAGAAUUUAUUGUGAAACAAUUGAAGGUUGAGAUGGGUGAAUCUAUGGAAAUGGGUACCAUACACGCUGGGGAUUAUCUGAGACGUUUUUGUUCUAAUCUUGGCAUGAGCCAUGAAGAAAUCAAAGCUGUCCAAGAAACUGUCAAGAAGUCAGGGGACUUUGAUAUAAGGAGGAGCCCCAUAUCCAUUGCUGCAGCAAUUAUUUUCAUGAUAACUCAACUGUCAGAUUCGAAGAAAGCCCUGCGAGAUAUUUCAAUCGCUACCACAGUUGCAGAAGGGACUAUCAAGAAUGCAUACAAGGAUCUGUAUCCGCACGCUGCAAAAAUAAUACCAGACUGGUAUGCGAAGGAAAGGGAUCUCAAGAAUCUCUCUAGUCCUAAAGCCUAAACGAAAGAAAGUAAUAGUGAGGGGUCGGAUCUGGAUCAAGCCAUCAGCAGUUCUUAUGGCGAGGAGGAGACAUACACAGAUACGAUACAGGAUUUCUGCAAUUUCUUUUUCUUUAAAAGCAGAUAGUAAUGAACGAGCAAUUUUGGAAUUUGCUUGAACUAUUUAUUUGAUGGUUUCAAUGUCCCUUUGACAGCUAAAAGCUUAUUUUUCAUUGAGGUAAGCUUUUUUAUUUUUUCGGGGAGUCUUUAUAUAUGUGUGUAUAUAUGGAUGUGGAAACUCUUAUUCUGCUUGAGAACUCAUUUUACAACC